AUGACCAUGUUGGCAAGCUAUCAAUCUCCCCUGCAUGCGCUUUGCUUCAGUUUGCUGGUGCUUCCAUCGGAGGGCCAGUCUUCAGAUAUGAGGAUUGUGAUUUUACCAGAUCAGGUCCUGAUCAUCGUGGUCAUCGGUGUCAUCGCCUUUGGUGCUUGUUGUGGCAUCUUCGCUGUACUCUGGCGGAAUCGACGCGAUCUCGUAACUCUGAUGCCUGAAUGGAUGAGCUUCCACAGGAAAAAGGAAGUGAAAGUCACUGAAGCCGAUCGCAUCAUCUUCGAACGAGCUGAACAGCGCAGGCAGAAGCGCGAGCUGCGCGAAGCGGCGGAGGCUGACGAAGAGGAAGGAGGUGGCAGCUACUUGGAUUUGCCCACUUCCCUCCCUGGAACUGUAACUGACAAGGGUUCGGAGGCGCAGGACAGCCGAGAUACUUCGCUACCUUCACGCGGUAGUAAGACCUCAGCGGCCACAGAGAGCGGAAGCAGCGCACGCUAUGCCAGGAAGCAGCACCGGAAGAUCUCCCGCGCCUCAGACCCGGGCGACGCCGCGCGUGGCCGGCCGCGCCCGCUGGACGACGCGGUGACAGCGUCGGAUCCGCUGAGCCGCUGGAAGCAUCGCCGGGAGCACAGCGACGGAGGUGAAGAGGACGAGUUGCCCAGCAGUUCGCGCGGUCGUAAUGGCAGAGGCCGUCGCCACAGCGUGGGCGCCUCGCCCGAGCUGCUGGCACUGGCCUCGCCAGCAAUGUCGUCCAUGGGCCUUGGCCGCAGCUUUGGCCGCGCAGCGCCCGUCAGCGGGCCUUGGGAGGCCUCGAUUCACGAGCGUGGCUCCACUCGAGCCAGCCAGUACAAGCUACGCUUCUUGCCUGACCAUCGCGUGGCCGGUAGCACUGAAGGUGCUGAUGGCACUGCACAGAUUUCAGGGUCCUUCAACCCUGACAACCAUCGGGUCAUUUGGACGGAAGCUCAUCCUUGGGGCUCUGUUCAGGUCACAGGCCAUGUCUUCUACAAGGCGCAUGUGGCGCAGAUCAGCGGCACCUUCGUAGCCACAGAUGGCGGCAGGGGCAAGAUGGAUCUCUGUCCCGGCUGA